AUAUUUCCCAUGAUGCCUUGUGUCCAUCAUGGCUGCGCUCUACUAUCCGGCACGCGUGUAAACACUCGUAAAUGUAGCGUUGAGAAUUCACGAAGAAAAUAUUUAAAUGAAUCAUUUUGAGCGCGCGGCGGCCUCCGACCACAUUUGAAGACAAACGACGAAGCCGAGAUGAAGAUCAAAUCCAAGUCUGCGCAUCACAGAUCCGAGAACACCUACAGGUUUCUUACCUUUGCUGAGCGGCUUGCCAAUGUCAAGAUCAACGUCAUCCACCGGAUUGACAGAACUGGAUCCUAUGCAGAGGAAGUCGAUACCUAUUUCUUUGAAGGCCUGACAAAAUGGAAAGACCUCAACGUGACGGAAAACUUCACUACAUUUUUGAAGGAGGUCUCCAACAAGUGUCAGUCGUUCAACAUGCUGGUUUUCCAUCAAAAGUCUAUCGUGGAGAGUCUGAAAACACACCUGGCAGUCACCAGCAGUCUGGCCUACCAACCUCUUCUUGAUCUGGUGGUGCGGUUGGCCCGAGACCUGCAAACCGACUUCUACCCUCACUUCCCGGACUUCUUCACGCUGAUCACAGCAAUGCUGGACACCAAAGACACGGAGGUGCUGGAAUGGGUUUUUACAUGCCUCUCCUACCUGUACAAGAACUUGUGGAGGCUCAUGGUGAAAGACAUGGACAACAUCUACAGCUUGUACAGCAAACUACUGGAGCACAAGAAGGAGCACAUCCGCAAGUUCGCAGCAGAGAGUUUUGCAUUUCUGAUGAGAAAGGUUCCCGAUCUGGACGCCCUGCUGUCUCUCGUGUUCUCCGACCUGCAGCAAAAUCCUGACAAGGCAGAAGGCGCCGGCCAGCUGUUGUUUGAGAUGUGCAAAGGUGUCCGGCACAUGUUUCACUCCUGUGCGGCAACCGCACUCCCUGCUGCGCUACGGAAGAUGGGACCUGCAACCAACCAGGGAGCCCCUUUACCGUGGGACCUGGUGCGAGAUGCGUUGGAUCACACAGCCCAGGCUGCAGCCAAUCAUGUGGACAAAGAGCACUUCUUGGUUUUUUGGGAGUCCCUCCAGGGUGGUGUGGACGAAGUUUUUAGUAUUUUGGAGGCCAAGGGAGAGGAGGCUGGCCCCGCAGGCGAGCAGCUGGAAAGGCUGCUGUUCGUCCUCCACACCUUGGUGUCGCACAAGGACGGCGCGAAGAUCACAAAGCCGGAGGCCGUCUGCCAGACCGCGUUGCGCCUCGUGCAGAGCGCGACGCUUUCCGCGCCCUGUUCGCGGCUCCUCCUCCAAAUCUUUUCCUCCCUGCUGCUCGGGGAGAACGUCCGACUCCCCGAUGCUCUCGUCCAGGAGAUAGUCCACAAGGUGUUUGCCAGCUCAGUGGGAGAAGACCUCAUCCUGGAGUUCACCAAGGAGAUGUUUCCCAUGAAGCAGUUUGAGCAGCUCUUCCUCCCCACCCUCCUGCGCUUCACCGCCGGCUUGUUUACCUGCGGCGAUCCCGUGUCCCGCCACCGUGCCCUCGAGGUGCUCGUCAACUUGAUCCUGGCCAAAGCGGCGCCGCCGACGGACGGCGCCAUGGCGUUUGAGACCUACCCGCUGCUCUUCACGGGACAGACCACCGGCCUGUUCAGUCACCAAGGGAAACCAGAGCAGAGAGCAGUGCCUGAGCUGGUGCUGUCACUCAUCGCAUUACCUGAGCAGCAAAACGGGCCCGUUGCAGAUCUGUCGCUACCUUGGAGCGCACUGGUGCUGCUGCCUCACCUCAGGCCUCUUGUUCCAGCUAAUGUCUUCCCCGCAGUCACUGCCUUUUUAAAUCACUUACUGUGUGAAAUUGAGAUGGAAAAACUGGCAAAAGCUGGUUUGUUUGUUGCCACACAAGCCCUAAGCUGCCUCCUCACUCUGGACAGCUCGGCUGGGCCGCUCUCUUUGGUCCCUGUGGACAAAGUCACUGCCAUCCUACGGAAGUUCCCCACAGAGCUGUCAGCCCUGCUUUUCGGAGACCUCUAUUACACCCGCCUGUCCUUGAGUGGUGCUUCCGAGCACCUAUCUCAUGAUGCACUUCUAGACGUUUACCAGAUUCUGCACAGCAACGUGUCCUCUAACAUAUCCAAGAUGCGUCUGCUGACCCUGCGGAUCCUUUCGCACUUUGAGCCCAAGCUUCCUGCCCCAGAGGAGCCUGAUGAGAGCAUGGAGGCGCAGCCGGUGUUCGCCAUGUGCCUGCAGGCGGAGCUGGUGCCCGCCUCCCUUCAGGACUACCGGGAAAAGCUGCUGUACCUGCGCAAGCUGCGGCAUGACCUAGUCCAGCGCAGCUUGCCCCAGGGGCCACACGGCACCUUCCAGCAGGUCCCUCUGCGUUACCUCUUAGCUAUGCUGUUUGUCAACUUCAAGCCAUUGUGGGAUACUGUCAUUGAGCUACUUGGGAGCCACGCCAAGGGGAUGGACAACAAAGACUUCUGGGUGGUGUAUCAUGAACAUCUCGAGAUGGUGGCAGUAUUAGCUGAAGAACAACUUCAGGAGGGUGGUGAUGACAGCGAUGAUGAAAUAGAAGACACGGAGGUCCAGGCUGGGCCGGGUUGCGACGUCAUCGAAAGUGGCGACUUGGGGGUGCUGUUUCUCCAGCAGCUCAGGUCGAGCUCAGACCCCAACGAGAGGACGGACUUCUCCAACUUCCGCGGCCUGAUGUGGCGCGCCAUGGCCCAGUUUCCAGACAGGGUGGAGCCCCGUAGCCGGGAGCUAAGCCCCCUGCUGCUGAGGUUCAUCAGGAACGAGUUUUACCCAGCUGACAUGCUGGUGGCACCGACUCAGGACCUGAGGAAAAAGAACGACACUGCGCUCGAGGCGUCCACGAUGACUGAGGAGGAGGGGGAGGAGCAGGAGGAAUCAGAAGAGGAGGAGAGGGACAAACGGCAGACGAAAGCGCCACCACGGCGAGCGGCUUCAAAACAGCUAAUCGCCCACCUGAAUGUUUUUGCCAAAUUCACCAACCCUCGCUCCCUUUACAUGGAGGGCAGCCUGAGAGAGCUCUACAACCAACUUCUCUGCCACCAGGACCAGCAAAUCCAGCGAGUGGCCCUCCAGUGUAUUCUUACGUACAAAGACCCCUACGCAGUCCCGUACAAGGAGAAUCUGGAGAAGCUGUUAGAUGACAAGCAUUUUAAAGAAGAAAUCGUCCAUUUUAACAUCUCAGAGGAGACGGGAGUUGUGGAUGCUUCACACAGAGCUGGCCUCAUUCCAUUACUCAUGAGGAUCCUGUUCGGCCGUCUGCGCAGUAAAGGCAGCAGCCGCUUCCAGAGCAAGGCCAGCGCCUCUACGCGUUCCUCCAUCAUCCUGCGUUUUCUGGCUGGAUGUCAGGAGGUGGAGCUGGGCAUGUUCGUUGAUCUCCUGCUGGAGCCCGUCUCCCAUCACAGCGAUGGUUCCUGUCGGGACGCUGUACAGAGAGCGGUGGCCGGGACGGAUAUUGGCGCCGUGCUGCCGCUGGGUCGCCAGCACAGCCUCUUGAACAUCAUCAACGUGGUCAUCCAGAAGCUGGGCCACCUCAUCGAAGUCUACCUGCCCAAAGUGCUGCAGAUUCUUCUGUGCGUCACCGCCUCUGUGUCGGCCAUGCUGGAGAUCAGGGAACAGCUGCGGCCAGGUUGCAUCAAUCCUCUGAAGAACCUUAGGCGUCUCGGCAUCCUGAGAAUCCAGGACUUUUUCGAGAACUUUGACAGCUUCAGCUUCAGCGCCGAUCAGCUGGAUGGCGUCUUCAUGGCUGUUUCCCCGGACCCCGCCGAAGCCACGCUUGCUGCAGACUCGUUGACACAGGGCUCCAGGCUCUUACUGCCUCACAUCACCACCGUGCUGCACUACCUCAGCGGCGUGGUCCGAAACACCGAUAGGCUGAAAAAGAAGAAAUUCCGCCCACAGGUGUCCAAGGAACUCAACAUCCUGUCCAAGAUCAGUCGGUUUGUUAGCGACAAAGAGCAGAGUUCAACGCUGAUUCGGCUUUUACUGCCUUAUCUAUUGAAAGGCAAAAACUCUGAGGAGACAGAACUGGACAUCCUGGCUACCAUCCAGAACUUGCUGCAGCAGUGCGUGCAGCCCUCUGCUUUUCUGCAGCCGCUCAGCAAACUUUUCUCCGUCAUUCACAACAAGCUGCCCAGGAAGGCUCUCACCAGCGUCUUCCAGACAUUGUCAGACAUGGAUCCUUCGCUCAAAUACAUCACUGACAUGACCACAAAGCUCAACGCCUUCGACAGUCGCCACCUGGAUGAGGUCUACUUUGACGUCCGCCUGACAGCUUUCCAAGACGCCACCAGGCGGAUAAGAGAGAUGAAAUCCCUUGACCUUGACUACAUCGGCAUCGUCAUCCAAAACUGCUUCCACACAUACGAGAUCGGAGACAUGUCGCUGGGCGACAACGCCACCUUGUGCCUGUCCGCAAUAAUCGUCCAGCUGGCGGCGGUCGGCGCAGGGGAGAAGGUUUACCGGGACGUCAUCCAACACACCAUCUUGGACGCCAUACACAAGGGACUCCGGAGCAAGACGGAGAGCGUGCAGCACGAAUACACCAACGUACUCGCCUGCCUGGUGAAGACCUUCCCCACGAAGAAAGAAUUCCGAGACAUGGUGCAGCUCACCGACUACAACGACCCCGAGUCCGACUUCUUCGAGCACAUGAAGCACAUUCAGAUCCACCGUCGGGGUCGGGCCCUGAGGAAGUUAGCCAAGCAGCUAACAGAGGGCACUGUGGUGUUGUCGCCGCGUUCGUUGCAGAAUUACAUCAUGCCUUACGCUUUGACGGCCCUGAUGGACGAGAAAAUGAUGCAGCGCGAGAACAUGACAACGGCGUGCGUGGACAUUGUGGCCGCCGUGUGUCGCCGGCUGACCUGGUCCAAGUACCUGUACUACCUGAAGCAUUUCGUUCACGUCCUGCAGACGUCGCAGGUCGAGCAGAAGCUGGCUGUGAGUUUGCUCGUCAAAGUCCUCGAGGCAUUCCACUUUGACCAUGAGACCCUCGCCCGAGAGAUGGAAGCUGCUAAAGCCAGAGAAGAUUCCGCGAUGGAUGUCGAGGAAGAGGCCGCAGCCGAACAAUCGGAGUCAAGUGACGACGAGGAGCCCAUGGAGAUCGACGGCAAAACGUCUCUGCAAGCUGUUGCCGUGGAAACGCCCGAUGAAGGACAAGUUUCCUCCAAGAAAGCGACCGCCGCUAAAGCCAAGAAACCCCCGGCUCCCAAGCCCGUGGCGGUGUCCUGCGGUCUGCCGCAGAGUCAACAGGAGCUGGAGUCGCUCAUCAACACCAUCCAGCAGAGUGUCACGAGCAGCGUGUUGCCUCGCCUUCAAAAAUGUCUCAACGCCAAAGUGAAACGUGACGAUGAGCACAAGGCGGUGAAGUCCAAGGAGGUGAAGGAAGAAGAAGUGGCGCGCAUCCCGAUAGCCUUCGCCAUGAUCAAACUCAUGCAAACUCUUCCUCCACACAUCAUGGAGGCCAACCUGCCAGGGAUCCUGAUCAAGGUGUGCGUGGUCCUGCGAAACCGAUUCCAGGAGGUUCGCGAAGUUGCCAGGGGAACGCUGGUGAAGAUCCUCGAGACGCUGGGCUGCCGCUACCUGCGGUACAUGCUGAAAGAGAUGCAGGGUAUCCUCGUGAAAGGCUACCAGGUCCACGUUCUGACAUUUACUGUGUACCAGCUGCUCUCGGCCCUCAGCCCAACUCUGAAAAGUGGUGACCUUGACCCAUGCAUGAGCAUGCUCAUCAACAUCUUCAACAACGAGCUGUUUGGCGUCGUCGCCGAGGAGAAAGAGGUGAAGGGCAUCGUCUCGAAACUGAUGGAGGCGCGGCAUAGCAAGAGCAUGGACUCCUACCAGAUUCUGGCCCAGUUUUGCAGCAAGGAGAGCAUCACCAUGCUCGUUCUGCCGUUGAAGGAGAUUCUGGAGAACUCAAAGAGUCUGAAGGUGUGUAACCGCGUGGCCGCAGUUCUGCGGCGCCUGGUUCUGGGUCUGCUGGAAAAUACGGGCAUGGGCUCCUCUGACAUCCUCCUGCUGAGCCACGGUCUUAUCAGCCAGAGCCUGCCUCUGCUCACUCAGAAAGACAAGGACAAAGCUUCAGCAAAGCCUCCACCUGACCCCCGACUCCCCCCUCCGAGCUGCCUACUCCUGCCACCCACUCCAAAGAGGGGCGGUGUAAAAGCUCCCGUCAGCCGCCGAACCAACAUGCACAUCCUGGUGGAUGCGGGUCUUAAGCUGCUGCAUUUGAGUCUGAAGAAAGCCAAAGUGACGUCAUCCAUGGAGUCGGCCCUCGAGAUGUUGGACCCUUUCGUGCCGAUGCUGCUUGAAUGCCUCACCUCCAUGCACGUCAAGGUUAUCACGGAAGCUCUGGUAGCCUUCACGUGGGUUCUGAAGUUCCCUCUGCCUGCCGUGGCGGAGAAUGUCAAUCAGCUGACCAAGCAGCUGUUUGUCCUGCUGAAGGAUUACUCCAAGGCCGGAGCUGCCCGUGGGGAGAACUACAUCCUGGUCCAGAAUUGCUUUAAGACCAUCACCAUACUGGUGAAAAAUGUGAAGGACAGCAUGAUUUCCGAGCUCCAACUGCAGGUCCUGCUGGGAUACGCCGAGGAGGACAUCUAUGACCAGUCUCGACGGGCAACUGCCUUCGGCCUCCUGAAGGCGAUUCUGUCGCGGAAGCUCAUCGUUCCCGAGAUGCAGCCACUGAUGAGGAAAGUAGCCAAGCUGUCGGUCAACGGAAGUAACUCCAUGAUCCGAGUGCACUGCAGACAGAUCUAUUUAAAGUACUUGCUGGAUUACCCACUGGGGAAGAAACUGCAGGACCACUUGGACUUCAUUGUGGCCCAGCUGGCGUAUGAACACGACACAGGCAGGGAGUCUGCGCUGGAGAUGCUCGCUUACGUCUUCCAGACGUUCCCUCAGACCUUACUGCUGAGGUACAGCAACCUCUUCUUUGCACCGCUUGCCCUGGUGGUGGUCAACGACGACUCGGCGCGCUGCAAGAAAAUGGCCGCCAUGGCCAUCAAAGACCUCCUGGCCAAGGUGGACGUCAACCAGCAGAAUUCUUUGUUCUCCCUCGUCAGCGGUUGGCUGAAUGAAGAGAAGGUGAGCCUGAGGCGUCUGGGCGCUCAGCUCUGCGGUUUGUUCGUGGAGGUGGAGGAGGAGAACUUUGCCAAACGCCUCGACGGCCUGCUACCGCUGCUUGCGAAGGAGCUCAACCCCGACAACUACGAAGACAUGGAGGAGGAGGAGGAGGAGCGGGCAGCGGACAGGCUCCUGUUCACUUACCUCACUCUUGUCACCAAAUUGAUCAAACAUUGCGGUUUCCUGGAGCUCAGCAAACCUCGUGACACCCUCACUCAUAUUUGGGGCCACAUCGAAGGCCAUUUGCGCCACCCUCAUUGCUGGGUGUGGCUGACCGCCUCGCAGCUCUUCGGCCAGCUCUUCGCUGCCCACCAGGCGGAGGAGCUGGUUGCGGCGUGGAGAGCGCAGGGAGGCGGGAAAUCACCCCCGAAUGUGGCCGCCGCUUUCAUCACGAGCAAUCUGGACAAAAAGAUGAGAGAGCUGGCGUUAGCCUUCUGCCAUCAGCUGCAGUCCAGAUUCUUGGACACGGAGUCUGGCGAGCAGGUGAUCAAAAACCUCCUCUUUGUGGGCAAGAUCAUCUACUUGGUCUCCCCCGAGUCGAACAUAAUCACCCCAGAGGAGGAAAUGGAGGCGAACGGGGAGGAAGAGGAGGAGGAUAAUAAGGAGGAGAAGGACGAAGCGGACGACGUGAAGGACGACAAACCUCCGUCGCUGCUGUGGCUGAUCAAAAAGCUGUCACUGAUGGCCAAAAGGGAGGCGGCACAUAAUCCCAAAAUUCCGCUGAAGAGAACCUGCGUUUUUAAAUUCUUGGGAGCAAUCGCAAUGGACCUCGGCAAGGAGCGACUCGGCCCCUAUUUGACCACCAUCAUCGCGCCGCUCUACAGAGAACUGGAGAGCACCUACGCAGAACAAGACCCGACACUGAAGAACCUGGCUCAGGAGCUGAUCGAGCUGAUGAAGAAACAGAUGGGCCUGGAGACCUUCUCGCUGGCUUUCUCGGCGGUGCAGAAGCAGUUCGCAGUGAGGCGGGCUGCGCGUAAGCGACAACGAGCCACGCAGGCGGUGACCAACCCAGACAUCGCCGCUCAGAAGAAAGUCAAGAAGCACCUCAAUAAAAUCGAGGCCAAAAAGCGCAAGAUCGAGUUCCUGCGGCCUGGAUAUAAAGCCAAGAAGCACCGUAGCCACGCGCUCAAAGACCUGGCCAUGGUGCAGUGAGUUAAUCAAGGACCUCAUUUUGUCAAUAGAUAAGGCGGAAUCAUGUCAAUGGGUGAAAAGUCUCCCAGCGCCGCCUUUUUUUUUUUUGGUUUGUAUAGCAUUUUAUAAAUCAUCCCUAUAAAAAGAAGUGUCACACGAUUGUUACAAUCA